AGUUUGAGAAUCAGCAAUAUGUAAAACUGAUAGAACAUGAAGAUCAACUCAUUGAAAGUCUUAAGAAAGAAAUUGAAUUAAAAGAGGAAGAGACUAAACGACUGCAAGAGGCAGUUUCUCAGCUAGAUGAAGAUACAAAACAAUGCCACAAACAGUACACACUGAACAGGGACAAUCUAGAAAGUUUAAAAAAGACAAAUCAUGUGCUUACAGAGCAUGUUGCUGCAAUGGACAGCAAGAUGGAAAUGCUGCAGCAUAAAAUACAGGCAGAGAAGCAGGAGCACAACUGUCAUUUACAGAGAUAUAAAGACAUCUGGGCAACUUAUCAUGACAAGUAUGAAUCAUUACCUCUCGCUGUGGAAUUAAAGAAACAGACAAUUAUGGUAGAAGAAAUAACCAAAAGAAACCAGGAAACUGAGAUUGCUAAUCAAGAUGCCAAACAAAAAAUAGAACAGUUACAAGGUCAAGGUGAGGUAUACAAGAUGGGAACUAAUGCAUUCAUCAUUUCAUUAGCUAGAAUGAGGCUUGCAACAUCUGAACUCAAGCAAGAAAUAGAGAGGAAAAGAUCAGAGCUUAAUGAAAUGAAACAUACAGCACAGCACAUUGAACAGUCUGACAGUGAUGAAACUAAUGAAAGAAAUGUACAAAAGUUGACAGAUAUGCACCUGGUUGACAAGGAGAGCAGUGAGGAGAGAGGUGAGUCAAUGGAGAGUAGUGAUCAACAGACUCAACUAGAGACCCAAUCUCCAAUGAUCAGUAUGUUAGGAGAUAGAGAUGAUGAAUCUGAAGCCAUGCAGACAGACGUUGUAUCACAUGAUCAAGUUUACCUCCAGUUUCGAGAGGAAAAUAUAAUAAUGUCUCAACAUUCUGAAACAUCACAUCAACAGAGACAAGCAACUGGUGUAGAUGAGAGUUCUGAUCAACAUGCUGUUCUGGCACAGGAAACCUGUCAUUCUGAGGUAGAAAAUAGUGAAGUGCAAUGCAGGUUGCCAGCCACUAGUCAGAACACACCUGAAGCUAAUCUUAGGUUACCAGGCAUACAGUCUAUAAGUCAAGAUGCACAGCUCCCAUUUGUUGCUUACAAAACAAAGGGUCCAGAAACAGUGCAUAUCCAAUGGGAUAGACAACAGCAGCAACAACAACAGCAGCAGCAGCAACAACAACAGCAGCAGCAACAACAACAACAAUUAUCUAAAGUACAGAACCAGUCUUCUCAAAAACAACCUCAGUCAAUUACAUCAAAUCAGCCUAGUGCACUGAGACCAAAUCUAUUGACCAGCCAAAGGCUUGCAAACUUGCAGACAUGUGAUGGGGCCAACUCCAGGUCACCAUUUCCUGGUUACAGACCCCAUAUUCCUCAAGUUGUUGUCAGACCUACCUCUCAGUUUAGACCAUCAGAUCCGAACCUCAGACCUAGUGUAGAUCCAAGCCUCAGACCCAGUGUUACACUAAACAGACCUUCAUACCAACCUGUGUCUGUUACCCAGGCAAGACCAUCUACACCACAAUUGUAUGUACCACCAGGCAAGAUUGUUCAAGGAUCACACUCCUUAAGACCUCAGCCGUCACCAGUUCCCAGAAGUUACCAUGCAGCUUCAAGUCCAGUUGUUCAGUCACCUAGACAUACAUUUGGACAAAGCAGAUUACCAGUGCUACAGCCAGUAAGAAUGUCAGUCUCUUCCCAGUUACAGAGACCACCACAGUUGUCUGUGCCCAACAGACUGCCUGGCAUAUCUGCUGACAACCAUACUCAAAGAUUUGUUCAAACAAGCAUACCAAGUGCUGUUCGCUCUCCACUACAACUUACCUCUCCACCAGUAAGACUUCAGUCUCCACAAGUCGUUCAAAGAUCUCCACUUCAGUUACCUUCACAGCAUCAACAUAUACUGCAGCAGACAGCAAGAAAUCAAACUUCUCUUCCAUCUCAUAGUUCUACUGGUCCAGGGAGUCAUCUGAAAUCUGGGCCGGAAACACCUGAUGAAAUACGCCAGAGGCAAACUCAGUCUAAAUUAGGUCCUGAUACAACAGACAGAAACUUGCAUACUAGCAUAUCACCACAUACCCAGACUAGCAUAUCACCACAUAUGCAGACUAGCGUAUCACCACAUAUGCAAACUAACAUAUCACCACAUAUGCAAACUAGUGUAUCACCACAUAUGCAGACUGGCAUACCACUACAUAUGCAAACUAGCAUAUCACCACAUAUGCAAACUAGCAUAUCACAACAUAUGCAGACUAGCAUACCACCACAUAUGCAAACUAGUGUAUCAGCACAUAUGCAGACUAGCAUAGCACCACAUGUGCAAACUAGCAUAUCACCACAUAUGCAAACUAGUAUCACCACAUAUGCAAACUAGUGUAUCACCA